AUGUCAUCAGAAUACGUAAAGUUUGAGGGAAUGUUAUUUCCCACCCCUUUCAAUAUAAAGUUCCUCAAAUACUGUCGAGAUGAGUUUGUGGUGAAGGAUAAUGACGUCGUUCUAGUGGCCUACCCCAAGUCAGGAACCAAUUGGGUCAUUGAGAUAAUCAGCCUGAUCCGUUGUAAAGGGGACAAUACCUGGGUCCAAUCCAUCCCUAUCUGGGACCGGUCCCCAUUUGUAGAAACAGAAUCCGGCCAGCAGCAGCUUUGUAAAGAAGAAGAAAAUGGAGCCCGCUUUUACACUAGCCACCUCCCCACCCAGUUCUUCCCCAAAUCUUAUUUCCACAGCAAGGCCAAGGUAAUUUACCUCAUGCGGAAUCCUAGAGAUGCGGUUGUUUCUUUUUACCAUUUUUCAAAAGCGACAAAAUUUUACAAAUCUACAGAAACUUUUUCCCAGAUGUUGGAGAUGUUCUCUCAAGGAACUGUGCCAUAUGGAUCCUGGUUUGACCACGUCCGUGGCUGGCUAUCCUUCAGAGAAAAUGAGAACUUCCUAAUCUUGACCUACGAAGAACUUCUGCAAGAUCUGCGGAGAAAUGUGGAUAAGAUUUGCCACUUCCUGGGAACAAAGCUGAAGGAGGAAGAAGUGAACUUAGUGCUAAAGAAUGCUUCUUUCUCUGUUAUGAAAGACAACAAAAUGGCCAACUAUUCCAUCAUAUCUGAUGAUCUGAUGGAUCACAGCCAAGGAAGCAUGAUGAGAAAAGGAAUCGCCGGAGACUGGAAAAACUACUUCACAGUAGCUCAAAGUGAAGCCUUUGACAAACUCUUCCAGGAGAGGAUGGCAGAGCUGGACCAAAGGCUUUUUCCCUGGGAGCAGUGCUGAGGGGCUGACAAUUUGAUGUUACCUUUGAUUCUACAUGUGAUGGGUGGCUGGGCAACUUUACCUAAUUCAAUUUCUAAACACUAGAUUAACUGGAUGCAAGAAGUCAUGGCUAAGAGAUACUUGGCUAUUUUAAUCAUUAGACCAAAAUUAAGCCUCUCCCUUAUCUUGUUUACCAUUAACUCUCAGACCUGAAGCAGAGAUAACGAUUUUCUUUCCACUCCCCUGGCCCUAUCCUGUCUCAAAUCAUAGUGUGCAUCAAAACAAUGUAAUCCUAAUAGAGCUACCCCAGGCCCCAAUAUUCUAACUUCCUUAUAGGCCCCACUGAACAGCAGGCAUGUCCUGAUUUGACCACAGAAUCUGGCUUUAACCACAUCACAGGCCCUCAAACUCAAUCAUAGGCCUCAUUGAAUAGCAGUCACUGCUCGUAGCUAGCCAUUGGCCCCAGAUUCAAUUCUCUAGCUAGCCUCUGCCCCCAGACUCGAUUCACAUAUUUCCUACAGAAAUAGCUGUAUCCAUGCACUCAGCCUCAACCACAUCAUUCAUCCUGACCAGACAGGACCACAAUAGCUAGCCAAUCAGAAAGGAGCACCAUCAGGAUGUAGAGCAUGACGCUUGAACACCAAAUCAUAGAAGGGGUCCACUCUAAGAUGUCACCUGAGCAGUAAUAUUAAAGAACUGACCCAGAGGGAACUUAUGAUGUAGAGAGGCUUAAUAUAAUAUUAUAAUACAUAUACACCCCCCAUCUGGGUUUUUUGUAUGCAUUGUGGGCUGGGACUCCUCCCCCAUUACCUAAACCCUUAGCAAAUUUCUCCUGCCCUUUUAAUAUUGAUUAUGUUUCUAUAUUCUAUGUAAAUUUUGAUUGUGUAAUCAGCAUCAUAAAGUCUAUAAAACUGUAUGUCUUUCCUUAAUGAAUUUGCUAAUUCCUCUAAGGAACAUAGCCACUCAGCAGAGCA